CUGAGAAAUGGAGUGCUUUGUUCGAAGUCCUUGCUCUUCCUAACCAUCGCCUUCCUUCCGCAAACGGAGAACCUGAAAAGUGAGGGUGUGAGGGUUUAAGUGUCUUUGCCUCCGUCCCUCCCUCUCCCCUUUGGCUCCUUCGUAGUAGCAAGCAGCAGUACUUAGAGUUGGGCGGACACUCUUAUCAAAGCAUCUCUUGUUCCUUCCUCUUCCUGGUUGUUGAAAAGUCCGGAUUUUUUACCAUUAUCCUAUACAAGCCGUAUUCUUAUCACUUCUUAAAAAUGGAAAACUCAGAUGUGAAAGUGACGAGCUCACCACCACCUGCACCGCCGCCGCCAGUUGUCAGAGAAGAACCUGAGUUAAAAAAACUUAAAAUGUCUACCACCACUUCUGAUGAUGAAGAAUGCACAACUGCAAUGGGCACCAAGAAAAGAUACAAGCGCCGCAAAAUUGCCAUUUUCUUUGCUUACUGUGGUGUUGGCUAUCAAGGCAUGCAGAAAAAUCCUGGUGCAAAGACCAUUGAAGGUGACCUUGAAGAAGCCUUAUUUGUGUCUGGAGCUGUCCCUGAACAGGAUCGUGGAAAUCCUAAAAGGUAUGACUGGGCUCGCUCUGCCCGAACUGAUAAAGGUGUUAGUGCUGUUGGUCAGGUUGUCUCAGGACGUUUUUAUAUUGAUCCACCUGGUCUUGUUGUCCGCCUUAAUUCAAACCUUUCUCCUCAGAUACGGAUCUUUGGUUACAAGCGGGUCACAGCAUCUUUUAAUGCCAAGAAGUUCUGUGAUCGGAGGAGGUAUGUCUAUCUCAUUCCUGUGUUUGCUCUUGAUCCAUGUUCACAUCGCGAUAGAGAGAGUGUGUUGGCUAGUGUGGGGUCUGAAAAUGAACUUGUUAAAUGUUUGGAUUGUUCUGAGAGAGGUCGGAAGGUGCCUGGCUUAGUUGGUAAGCACAGUACAGGAUUAGAAGCUAUGGAUGUUUGCAGUUCAUCCAAAGGAGAUCCUGCUCCUAACUCUGGAGUGACAGAGGAUUUUGGGGUUUCUUUGAACAAAACUGAUGGUGAUAAUUUAAAUAAGAAAUCCAGUAAUGAAGAAAAAAAUUCAGUGGAGGAUUUGAAUUCUGAACUUGACCUCAAGUCUGUGGCUCCUGCCCAUCACGAAAGUACUCAAACGAAUGGUGGAUCAGUGGAUGAUUCAAGCAUUGUUGGGAAAGAAAAUGUUAAUGAAGAGGAGAAGACUAUAAAGGGAAGUGGAUUCUGUUAUGGUCAGAAGGAGAGGGAGAGGUUUAAUAGAAUUUUGAAAUAUUAUGGAGGGACCCAUAAUUUUCAUAACUUCACCACAAGAACAAAAGCUGAGGACCCUGCUGCUAGGCGUUUCAUAAUUUCAUUUGAUGCUAACACCACUGUCACAGUUGAGGGCAUUGAAUUUGUGAAGUGUGAGGUUGUGGGACAGAGCUUCAUGCUUCAUCAGAUACGGAAGAUGAUGGGUCUUGCUGUAGCAAUCAUGAGAAAUUGCGCGCCAGAGUCACUUAUUGAAAAAGCUUUGCAGAAGGAUGUUAACAUUAAUGUGCCUACUGCCCCAGAGGUUGGUUUAUACUUGGAUGAGUGCUUCUUUGCAUCAUAUAACCAGAAAUGGAAUGAUAGUCACGAAGAGUUGUCAAUGAAAGCAUAUGAGAAAGAAGCUGGAGAUUUCAAGAUGAAGUAUAUAUAUUCUCAUAUUGCUUCCACAGAGAAGAACGAUGGAGCUGUUGCUCUUUGGUUGCAUUCGCUGAACCAUAGAAAUUAUCCAGAUCUGCGAUUUGUCAAUGAGGAAGACAGUACUGAUAACAAGAGAGAUGAAGUGGAAGUUGUGAGCUAGUGAAUUACUCUCUCAUAAUAGUACAAUUUAGAACUCUUGCUUCAAUAUUUUCUUUUCCUUUGAUAUGAGAUAUGCUUAUCUUAAUUCCUAACUGGUUGGAAGGGUUCAGACUAAUUUUAUUAGUUUAACAAAAAUGCCUCACAUCAAAUACUACCACCUAUCAAGAUGUGGCCUGUUUCUUUUUUCAUCAUUUGGUAGAAAAUCUAAGAACCAGAAAUUCAGGAGGAUGUUUCUUUUCAUUUCCUUGUAUUCUUAAUUUCCCCUCAUUGGCCAAUAGGAUUUUACUUGAUUCACUAAUGACAUGGUGCUUCAUUUUUGCUGUAAGCGGAGAUUCACUCUCAAAAGAAUGCAUGAUGUCUACCUAUGUCUCUUUAAACAUAAUUUA